CUCACCUCACUCCAUCAAGAGACGAUGGAACAACAAAACAACAGACCACAUAGACCAGCCAAAGCAGAAAAGAAGAAACCCGAGAAAGGUCAUAAUCCAAAAGCCUUUGCACCUCAAUCUGGAAGGAAGGCAGAAAAACAAGCUCGUAGGAACGUAGAACGUGAUCAAACUAGAUUACAUGUACCUUUACCUGAUCGAACUUUUGGAUUAAGACCUAAUACCGGCACAAGUGUUCAAGAUAGCAAAAAUGCGCUUGUGAAGGAUGAUCCACCACCUCCUGUAAUUGUAGCAGUAAUGGGUCCGCCUGGUGUUGGAAAGACGACUUUGAUUCGAUCUCUUGUAAGAAGAUAUACAAAAACUACUCUUCCAGAAAUCAAAGGACCUGUAACAGUAGUGGCCGGUAAAAAUAGACGACUCACUUUUAUCGAAUGUCCUAACGAUUUGGGUGCUAUGGUAGAUCUUGCUAAAGUAGCUGAUUUAGUACUCCUUGUGAUUGAUGGAAGUUUUGGAUUUGAAAUGGAAACUUUCGAGGCUUUAUCGGCUUUGUCAUCGCAUGGUCUCCCUAAGCUUAUGGCUGUUCUUACUCACUUGGACCUUAUCAAAGGUACAGCAGCUUUAAAAGAUCAAAAGAAACGUCUCAAGCAUCGGUUUUGGACUGAAGUUUAUGAUGGGGCUAAGAUGUUCUAUUUAAGUGGGGUUCAGAAUGGUAGAUAUCCUGAUCGCGAAAUCGUUAACUUUACUAGAUUUAUAAGUGUAGUCAAAUUCCGACCUUUGAUUUUCCGUAACAGUCAUCCUUAUAUUCUUGGUGAUCGGUUUGAAGAUCUUACUCCUAGAGAACAAGUUAGGAUUACCCCUUCCUGCGAUCGUACUAUUGCUGUAUGGGGCUAUCUACGUGGAAUUCCAAUGCGACCCCCCUCCGAUGUGGUGACACCUAAAGUACACGUACCCGGUUCUGGCGUCGAUUACUUUUUUAUCUCCAAGAUGUCGGCUAUCAAUGAUCCUUGUCCUUUACCAACUCUCGAAAGUGAAAAGAGGCGAAAGAUUGCAGAAAAGCAUAAAUUAGUACAUGCUCCUAUGAGUGGUGGUGCAGGUGGUGCAGUAGUCUUUGAUGGUGAUACAGUUUGGGUGAAUACAAGUGGACAUUUUUCUAGACCAAAGGAAGAAAGAUCAGAUGAUGAAGAUGGAGUAGAAUCUGAUCUUGAUAGUGAUGCUAUCGAAGAAGGAGUGAAGAUGGUCACGGAUCUUCAAGUAUCUAAAAAAACUCUUGGAGAUAGCGUCCACUCUACUCAAAUCCGUUUAUUAGGUAAAUCAGAAAAACCUUUGCGCGUUUCGAAGGACUCGAAGGACUCUGGCGUCUCUUCCGAGGGUAGUGAUGAUGAAUAUGAUGAAGAUAGCGAUGAUGAUGCCAGUGAUGAUGUUGAUGCUAGCGAUGAUGAAAGCCUGGGAUCUGAAGACGAACCGAUACCUGACGAUGACCCGCAAGCAACAGGAUCUUCUUCACGAGCUGAUAAUCGACUACGUCGCCUGGGAAACACGGGAGAGGCUGCAUUUGCAGAAAGUGAUUCAGAUUUAGGGCUAGAUUUCAACCAGGAAGAACAUAUGGAGAAUGGCUCAAGCGAUGACAAAGAUGAUGAUGAUGAUGAUGAUGGUCGCUUUGAGCAUCUUGAUUCUGAAGAAGAUGAUGGUAUGAGCGCUACAGGACCAAGGUGGAAAGACAAUCUAGCCGAAACUGCUGCUCGUCUGGCAUCAAGCCGUCGAUCACGACCCAACCCUAUGCGUUUAAUUUAUGACCUAGCGAUGGAUCCUGGUGAGCAUCCUAUGAUCGACGAUGAAGAUAAAAAUAACAAACGUUUUGCCUUCUAUCGACAACCUGAUGCUGCUAGUUUAGACGUUUGGAGCCAAGAAGCGUGGUUAAACGCCGUUCGAGGUCUUUUUAUCACGGGUGAUGGAGCCGAAGAUGAAGGAGGAGUCGAUGAAAAGUACGAAAGUGAAGGAGGCGAUUUUGAGGAUUUGGAGACUGGUGAAAAGGUUGAAGGCGCUGAAAUCGAUCAAUCUGAACCAAAGCCUCGCGAUGAUAAGGACGCUUUAUUAGCAAAGAAAGAAGCAUUGAAACGGAAGUUUGAUCGACAAUAUGAUGAUUCAUCUGAUGAAGAGGCUCAAAAAGAUUUUUAUACUGAACAAAAGGAAGAGAUCGCUAGAAGGAUGGAAGCCACCUUACAAGAAUUUGCGGAUGAUGAUCCUGAGACACGGAUUGCAGUUGAAGGACAUCGACCUGGUGCUUAUGUUAGGAUCGAGAUUUCUGGUGUUCCACCAGAACUAGUGGAAAACUUUGAUCCUCAUUUUCCUUUCCUUUUGGGAGGUUUAUUACCUGGUGAAGACAGUCAAGGAUUUGUACAAGUCAGGUUGAAGAAACAUCGUUGGUACCCGAAAGUGUUGAAGACAAACGAUCCAUUGAUCCUUUCAGCUGGAUGGCGCCGAUUUCAGACUGUUCCCAUUUACUCUCUCGACGAUGGGACUCGAAAUCGUAUGCUAAAAUACACACCCGAACAUUCUCAUUGUUUAGCUACCUUUUAUGGUCCUGUUUCUGCACCCAACACGGGGUUGUGCGCAUUUAGCCGAAUGGGGAACCAAACGAGUAACUUUCGUAUCUCGGCUACUGGGGUGGUAUUGGAUGUAGAUGGUAGUAGCCGAAUUGUUAAAAAACUAAAACUGACAGGAUUGCCUUACAAGAUUUUCAAGAACACGGCUUUUGUAAAAGGAAUGUUUAAUACUUCCUUAGAAGUUGCGAAAUUCGAAGGUGCACAAAUUCGAACUGUUUCUGGUAUCAGAGGACAAAUUAAGAAAGCUCUCGCCAAACCUGAUGGAUGUUAUCGAGCAACUUUUGAAGAUAAAGUUUUGAUGAGCGAUUUGAUCUUCUUAAGGGCAUGGUACAACAUCAAGCCUAGGAUGUUUUAUACUCCUGUUGCAUCGCUUCUUUUACCUAAUAAGACUAGAUGGCAAGGUAUGCGAUUGACAGGAGAAGUUCGACGUGACCAGAAUAUCGCAACACCUGUGGAUGCCAACUCACACUACCGCCCUAUAAUUCGUGAGACGAGACGGUUCAACACUCUUAAAAUACCUAAGAAGUUAUCAGCAUCAUUACCAUUUGCUACAAAGCCAAAAUCACAGAAACCACAGAAGAAACCCACUUAUCUACAAGAAAGAGCAGUUGUACUUCAACCUGAGGAAAAGAAAGCAUUGAAUAUCUUACAACAAGCUCAAGCUGUAUCAAAAGUUAGAGCACUCAAACGUAAAGAAACAAAAGCAGCUAAAAACGCACAUAAGAAAAAAUUGGCUGGAUCUAAUGAUACCGGUAGAUCAGAACGUGAAAAAGAAACCAGAAAAGAGUUUUUCAAACAAGAAAGUAAAAGGAAAGCUGCUGAAGAUUCUGGUGGGGGUAAACAUCGCGGUGGAAAAUCAAGUAAAAGGCAAAAGACAUGAAACUAAGCUUAAUUAUCUAGAAAUCUUUGUGACUUGGUUUAUCUCCCUUAUCUAUCAGUAGAUUAAUGGAUUUGAAAAAACUUACGGAUGCAUAGAUGUAUCCAUAUUAUAUUCACAUGGGCCAAGCUGAUUGACUGAUUGCGC